AUGGCCGACGAAAUUUCCGACGAGCUCGUGACCAACUACGAGCACUUCCGCGACGCCCUGUCCUCCUUCUUGGUCGAACACAUCGCCGUGCCUUUCACCAAGCGCAAACACCCUGAACCCAAGUCUGAACCCGAGCCCACUCUCACACCUGCUACCACUAUACCUACGGACGAAGAAACCUCCCCAGAACCUGACCCCGACGACCUAGCCGAUUUCACAACCUACCUAGCAACCGCCACCUUUCUCGCCCUCCCGCCCACGCUCCAAUCCAUCGCCCACCACACCUGGACCGACCCCUCCCUGUCUCUCCAAACCCAAUACUCCUUACCCCUCACCCCGGACCACACCCUCACCAUCCUCCAAGCCCUCGACCCCUCCGUCCCGGAUUCAUUGGUGGCAUACGGCUUGGCCACGCCCGCUGAGACGCCGACGACGACAACAACACCCUCAACCUGGAACCUCCCCACGCCCGCAGAAUUCCUCGCCCCGAUCCUAACAGCCUACCUCACAACCGCGACCUCCCCCCCUCCACCCCCGCGCUCCACCAAAGCAACCGCCAUGUCCACAACCGGCUGCGAGAUCUGCGGACGGGACUGGCUCAACCUCGGGUACCACCACUUAAUCCCACGUAUGGUGCACGCGAAAGUGGUGAAGCGCGGGUGGCAUAGGCCUGAUGAACUGCAGAAUGUGGCGUGGUUGUGUGGAGCUUGUCAUCGGUUUGUGCAUCGGUUUAGGGGACAUGAGGAGUUGGCGAGGGAGUUUUAUACGGUGGAGAGGUUGUUGGCGGCGGAGGAGGUGAGGCGGUUUGCGGAGUGGGUGGGGAGGGUUAGGUGGAAGGCUAGGUGA